GAGGCUGUUCGAAUCCCCCAGUGCCAGCGCCAGUCGUAAGCGCACCUAAAACCCAAACAAACGUAGACAGCCUGAUUUUCGAAGAAGUUUGCAAAUACAGAAAUAAGUAGUGGUUGUUGUGCUAACAGGGCUCCUGUGUAUGCGAGUCCCUCUCUACUUGAGAAUAUCUUGCUCCUGAGAAGAUCCAGUCUGUUCCUGUGAGCAGUCGUCAGGACCAGGGAAACUUUCAUUGAAACAUCGUGUGGGGGAGAUCCAUAUUUAAAGAAGGAAAGACGCACGUUAUCAACAUUGGAUACAUGCUGUGUUUUAGCACCGUCUUUUACUUAACCGAGAGAGAAGCUGCUCAAGCUACUGUCAAGCUUUGUUUUUGGACAAGUUAUUGCUAAAUGACGCUCAUGAAGACCCUUUGACAUUGCAUGUCUAUGAAAUCAGCUAGAAAUCCUCUGUGUCCUCCAGUCAGAAAACUGCAGCUAAUUAAAUGGGCAUCUUCCAGAUGUGAUUAUAUGAAUUACAAAGAUAAAACUGGCGUUAUAAUGUAUCACUUGGCGACAUCUCAAAUUCACUAACCUGAACUGAAAAUUACAGCGAUGUAACUUUGAGCUUUACCUCUUUCCUUGUCAUGUGACUUUGAACGUUGCUAAAUCUUUUCUUCAAACUAAGACAGUCUUCUCACCAGUUUAAUGAGGUGAACAGUGGCUUUAAGUGACCUCCAUUGCCAGUAAGGGACUGUCUCUGAAUCCAUUUUUCUUAGUUGCAUGCCUAGGUAGAUUUUAAAAUGAUUCGGUGAAAGGCUUAUCGCCUCUGUAGCGUACUGGCACACAGUGUGGCAGGACAUCCCUGUCUCUCUUCCUCUGUCUGGUGUCAAAGUGGGACUGCUUCACAACUGUUGUCCAUGUUUGAGAACACACAGUUUCCACAGACUCUUUCCUUACGCUCAGAAUAAGACUGACUAGCUUUUCAUCACUUUUGGGACAAAUCACUUCUCGCAUCGAAUCAUUUUGCCAAUCAGUUUGAAGCCCAAUCAAGUUUGGAGUGUUUCUCAUGAGAAUAGGAGCAGGUGCUUCCAAAGCUUUGAAGAAAUCAGCUUGUCAGCUAAAAACAAGUUACUGUUACUGAACCCAACAGCUUUCAUCAAAGAGUGCAGAAGAAGUGGUUCAAUAUAGAAAACCUGUUUCUCAUAGACUUCCCUGCUUCCGCUACAAAGAUCCAGCACACCGCUUGGCUAGUUUUCUGGAUCAGCGUUCCAGAUCAUUCCAGCAGCCCUUUUGAAUCCUCUCUAGCCGUUUCAUCCUGGACGAAGGGAUCCACGUCUGGAGAAAGGGACUGCGUUGUCCUGGUCGAGGUGGAGUGGGGGUUUUCUUUGUACCGCUUCCCAUCUGUCAGUGCACGCUGUCUGUGAUCAGUGCCAACAGGCCUGAAGGAACCGAGCCCAGCCAGAGAGAGAGAGGAGGCAGAGGACUUCAGAGCAACAGACUCUGGGAUCCUGGCCAUGAGGUUUGAUGCCUCCAUCCACUGACCGGAAACACUGGACCUAAAUGGCGCAGCAUGACUUUGUCCCUGCCUGGCUUAACUUCUCCACACCCCAGCCUGCCAAGUCCCCUGCUGCCAACCUUGACAAGCAAGGUGAGCCUCACCACCACAGAGACGCCAGACCCGCUGUGAGCCGCCGCCGCCACAACUCCUCUGAUGGUUUCUUCAACAAUGGCUCCCUGCGUGCGCCAGCAGGUGACGGAUGGCAGCAGCCCUCGCUGCUACUGAGGCAUGACUCAGUGGACUCGGGGGUGGCCAAGGGAGGGCACGGCGGACUGGCAGGGGGCUCUUGUUGGAAGGAAACGCCCAACUGGCAUGGAGCUCCCCGGGGUGCUCAGGAUAGCCACCACCACCAGGGACGCCAUUCCAAACAAAGAGGAGGAGGUGACAGGGACAGGCAGGGGGGGCACAGGCAGCGCAACGGUAACUUUCAGCCCCGCAAGGGAACCUCGUACCAGGACAAGUUUCCCAACGAGGAACGCAAAGACGACAAGCUGAAUUUUGUAGAAGAGGACUUUCCCUCCCUUAACCCUGAAACAACUGGAAAGCCUGCCUCUCAGAUACGAGCAGUUGCUCCUCAUGCUGGGGUUUGGGAAAACCCUCCUGUUGGCAAACAGAUGGUGUCCAAAAUGCUGGUCAUCAAGAAGGUUUCCAAGGAAGACACUGGCACAGCAUUCUCUGCAGGGUUUGCCACUGCUGGCACCUUGCCCACCAACGGCAGCAAAGCUCCCCUCACAGGUUCCAGCGUCUACAAGAACCUGGUCCCAAAGCCUGCUGUGGCCCCUACCAAGAGCACCCAGUGGAAAUCCGGUGGUAGAGAGAUCACAAAGUCUGGCCUUCACAUGCCAGGCCGGGAUUCAGUCUUCACCAGCCCCGUCUCUGCAGCCAAACCCAGCACCCCAGUCAGCGCACCACAGCACAACACCCAGAAAGAGCAACCUUCCAGCACGACUCCUCCCAUAGAUAUUGCUCCGUCGAGGCUGAAGCUGAUGCGCCGUGGUCCGGACAGAAAGAGUGAGUUUCUGAGAACUCUGAAGGACGAGGGCACUGGAGAGCUGACGACGAGCAGCAGCCCAGGAACAUCUGGAGAGGUGGGCUGCAGUAGGGGCCAAACCUAUAAAGGUGAGAGCAGCACCCCAGAGCCCAAAGCUUACAGCGAAGAAGUCUGCCACGAGAACGGCCUGUCCUACUCCCUCAGUGAUUCAGACACAGAACACCUGUCCAGCUCCCUGGAGGCAGAGCACAGGCUGCUGAAGGCCAUGGGCUGGCAGGAGUACCCAGAAAAUGAUGACAACUUCCUGCCUUUGACAGAAGAUGAGCUGAGAGAGUUUCAAACUAAAACCGAGCAGCUGAAAAAGAAUGGCAUGCAAAGGAAUGGGGUUCUCCCAAGGACACGGGGCGUGACACUCCACUUCACCCCCUGGAGGAGUGUGGCGGAGACGCAUGUCGAGGAGGGUUCCGAAUCCGAAACCAGUAGCAGCAGCCAGACCUCCGAUGACGACGACUGCAUCAGAUCCUAACAUGGCUUUAUGGAACAAAACAUACAACAAAACAGCCAACACCACAUCCCAACAAGCAACUCCCUCUUCCUGUCUCAUCGUUCUUUUUAGAGCACCAUUUUUGAAUUUCUCAAUUUACUUUGUUUUUUCGUCAUUCUUGCACAAGGGAAAAACCAAUCAUAUCCCAGUGAAGGGGGAGAUUCCUGCUCUGCCAGACGUCUUUUUCCCUGCGUUUCCUCCUUCACUGCAGUCCUCGACCUCUGACCCUCACCCUCUUCCUUUUUCUUCCUCGCUUUGUUGAACUGAAGUGUUCAUCGAGAAAAGAAGGGCAAUGAAUGCACACUUGAUUCUGCUUUAAACAGACUAACUCAUUUCAUUGAUGAUGCUGAUGACACAUUAAUAAUGAUAUUAAUAAAAAUUGGUUCCUGACAAGCUGA